AUGANGCUUACAGUCGAUGAGGACAUAGUUGGAGGCACAGUGGUGCUCACAGUCGAAGAGGAUAUAGUUGUAGGCAUGGUCGUGCUUGCAGUCGAUGAGGAUAUAGUUGGAGGCACGGUGGUGCUCACAGUCGAAGAGGAUAUAGUUGUAGGCAUGGUCGUGCUUACAGUCGAUGAGGAUAUAGUUGGAGGCACGGUGGUGCUCACAGUCGAAGAGGAUAUAGUUGUAGGCAUGGUCGUGCUUACAGUCGUUGAGGAUGUAGCUGGAGGCAUGGUCGUGCUCACAGUCGAUGAGGACAUAGUUGGAGGUACGGUGGUGCUCACAGUCGUUGAGGAUGUAGCUGGAGGCAUGGUCGUGCUCACAGUCGUUGAGGAUGUAGCUGGAGGCAUGGUCGUGCUCACAGUCGUUGAGGAUAUAGUUGUAGGCAUGGUCGUGCUAACAGUCGAUGAGGACAUAGUUGGAGGUACGGUGGUGCUCACGGUCGAAGAGGACAUAGUUGGAGGCAUGGUCGUGCUUACAGUCGAUGAGGACAUAGUUGGAGGCACAGUGGUGCUCACAGUCGAAGAGGAUAUAGCUGGAGGCAUGGUCGUGCUUACAGUCGUUGAGGAUGUAGCUGGAGGCAUGGUCGUGCUCACAGUCGUUGAGGAUGUAGCUGGAGGCAUGGUCGUGCUCACAGUCGUUGAGGAUGUAGCUGGAGGCAUGGUCGUGCUCACAGUCGUUGAGGAUGUAGCUGGAGGCAUGGUCGUGCUCACAGUCGUUGAGGAUGUAGCUGGAGGCAUGGUCGUGCUCACAGUCGUUGAGGAUGUAGCUGGAGGCAUGGUCGUGCUCACAGUCGUUGAGGAUGUAGCUGGAGGCAUGGUCGUGCUCACAGUCGUUGAGGAUGUAGCUGGAGGCAUGGUCGUGCUCACAGUCGUUGAGGAUGUAGCUGGAGGCAUGGUCGUGCUCACAGUCGUUGAGGAUGUAGCUGGAGGCAUGGUCGUGCUCACAGUCGUUGAGGAUGUAGCUGGAGGCAUGGUCGUGCUUACAGUCGAUGAGGACAUAGUUGGAGGUACGGUGGUGCUCACGGUCGAAGAGGACAUAGUUGGAGGCAUGGUCGUGCUUACAGUCGAUGAGGACAUAGUUGGAGGCACAGUGGUGCUCACAGUCGAAGAGGAUGUAGCUGGAGGCAUGGUCGUGCUCACAGUCGUUGAGGAUGUAGCUGGAGGCAUGGUCGUGCUUACAGUCGUUGAGGAUGUAGCUGGAGGCGUGGGUACGGUCGAGCUCACAGUGCUCUUGGUAUCAGGGCUUGUGGGUACAGUAGUUUUCACCGUUGUUUUGGCAGGAGGGCUUGUGGGUACAGUAGUUUUCACCGUUGUUUUGGGAGGAGGAUUUGUGGGUACAGUAGUUUUCACCGUUGUUUUGGGAGGAGGAUUUGUGGGUACAGUAGUCUUUAUAGUGGGAACAGCAAUAGAUGUUAGUACUGUAGAUGCUGUAGAUAGUCUUGAAGUAGAAAAUGAUGUUGUUGAUGAAGGAGGAAGUGUAGUGAUUGUUGUUGUGGGAGCAUCAUUUACUAUUGGAGAAUCUGAAUUGGCACGAUCGAAUAAAAUAUGGAGUUAA